AUGGCGUCAGAAAUAUCUGACGCCCAUCGGUUCACCGUUAAGGUCAACGGCCCGCACAAAACCGGAGACGAUGACCAUAGAGACCUCCUUCUUGCACAACUGGAAAAAACCCCACAGGACAUCCAGAUUCUCGAAAUAACAGAAGAUACACCGUCAGAUAUUGAAUGGGAACUGCUUGGCAAUCACUUCAGCAAUAUCAACGAUCUAGAGAUGCACACGGGCUGGAACGAGGAAUUGAACGAUGCGGGACUACCAACACACUGGCCGCUGGAACGGCUUCUUGUCAGUGACGCGUGCGGAGAAGUGUUCUGCAGUCCGUUGGUCCUCGAAGGAAGAGUCAAGCAUCUGGUUUUACUAUUGACAUCUGGACUACGGUUUGAAGGGCCGACCAGCAGGGAGCUGUAUGAUGCGAACAAGGAAGCGAUUUCCCGGGGAGAAAAAGAGGCCAAGUACAUGACUGUCCGUGAAGGAACGCCCGAAGAGAAGAAGAUUGAGCUAGUCUGGCUUCCAGAGCUUGUCGCAGAAUCAAUGAAUGAACGGUAUGCGGGGACGCGCGAGAGGCCGCCACUGGUCACAAACAAUGACUUACCGCUUCUCCCCAAGGAAGUACCGUCGAAGAUGGAGCAGCUGGAGAUACUCGAGAACGAUGCUAUCGAUACCUUCAACCGGAUGACCAUUGCUCUUCCACAUGUGGUGGACAACCUGUCUACACUCAACAUUCGCUCCACCCAUGGCUUAGAUUUCCACUUCACGACUGAAGAGCUAUUUGCGGGUCUUCUUCCGGAGCUUCCGAAGUUGAGGACUUUUGUUCUCUCCGUGGGUGAUAUCUUCCAGGAUGAAAACCUCCUCCCAACACUGUACACUUUGUUUCCUCCGAAUCUCUCCACACUACGCUUUCGAGGCCCCGCAUCGCUUGGCAGGUCCGGCGAGUGGGCCAACUGGGUAAAUGCCUUUGCGUCUUCGGACUAUUUGCCUAACUUGAAACGACUGAGCUUCGUAUUAGAUCUACACUAUGAGGCUCCAAAGGAAGGCAGCUCUAGAAGGGAGCUAGUUGCGGCGCCGGAGGAUACACUUCGAGAUGCGCAGGAUGCAUGCAAACAGCUGUAUGAGGCUGUUGAGCAGCGUGGGGUUACUCUCGAACCAUUUCAGGAUAAAUGGUCUGAUCAGAGCAUACUCUUCAAGCCAGUUGAUGAGCGGUGGAUGCAGCUUUGA